UUGACCCCUUUCUUUCUCCAUUAAUUUAGCUCCUCCUCCAACCACCUCGUCUCUUCACACCAUCUUUGCUGCCUAAGUGCUAACCAGAGCUGCUAAUCAAAAUCUUUCAGAGGAACCUAUCAACAUGGAGAUAGGUACUGUGAGGUGUUGCCUUGACAACCAAGUACUGUGGUUGUCAAGAGAAAGUUCAAGAAAAUUAGAUUGGAGAAAUAUCCACCCACUUCCACAUAUUGUAACUACUUGGAAAUUAAAGGUGGGAUAUCAGAGGUUGAUAGAUUGUCAAGUAUCUACUGGGAAGCAUUCACUGAACCAUGUCUUCUGGAGAAGACAUUCAAUUCACACUAGUUUGGAGGAAUCAUCAUCUGUUCAGGGAGAAACUUAUAGUGGAAAUGAUGAAUAUGCACAUAAAGAUUCGCAGGAGAAUCAUCUUUCUCAACCUUUAAGAAGUAAUGAGUUGAAGUCACUGCUGGCUGAUUCUGAAAGAACAAAGCUUAUCAAAAAACUAAGUGAAGCCAAUCAACAAAAUCGGUUCCUCAAACGACAGUUGCAUAUAAAGGAGGAUGAGUUGGUUAACUUCAAGAGUGAACUUGCUGUCUUGGAACUUGAAAUUCAGGCUUUGGUGAAAUUGGCAGAAGAAAACACUAAAUCUGUCAUUCCACAAGGUUCAAGAAAGAUUAAUGGGAAAUACAUUCAGUCUCACCUUCUUUCUCGUUUAGAAGCUGUACAUGAAAAGUUGAAGGAACAGAUAAAGGAUGUCGAUGCUGUACAAUCCAAGGAGGUUCCCUUAUUUUGGUAUGGCAUGGCUGAGAGUGUGCAAGUUAUGGGCACUUUCGAUGGUUGGAGUCAAGGAGAACAUUUAUCAUCGGAGUAUACUGGUUCUUUCACCGCGUUCUCGACAACAUUAAUGCUCAGACCUGGAAGGUAUGAAAUCAAGUUCUUGGUGGAUGGAGAAUGGAAGCUGUCACCAGAAUUUCCUACAGUUGGUGAAGGAUUAAUGAAAAAUAACUUGUUAAUCGUGGAAUAGCUCAACGUCUAUAGCCAUGGGGAAAGAAAGAAAAGCCUAUAUCAUGUAUCAAGCAACUGAUAAUACUUGUUUACUAUGAUAUUCACCCAGAGCUUAUGUCAUUUAGGUCCUUAGUUGUGCUUCUGAUGUCCAGAAAAACCUAGAAUUUGAACUACCAGGCCAGAAAGGAAAAGGAGACACUAGCAUUUUUGUAUCCUUAUCUGAUUACAGAAUGAGGAUGCCAUGCUGGCCUUUAUAAGUUUUAAGGUAGUUUCGGCAUGCUGGACGUGUCUACUAUUCCAAUCAUUAUGUAUUGGAUUGUACUGAAUAGUAAUCUAUCGUAUUUUUCUUAUUAUUGUUGAAUGUUUUGUACUGUGCCGGAUUAAGAGGUUGGACAUUUUGUACUGUGUUUGGUAUUGUACAAGGUAAGAGGUUGUUUUCAAAUGAAAAA